UAUAGCUGUCUCAUAGGAUUGCUGCAUGAAUUAGUAAGGUGGCGGGUGUGCCCGGAGCUCAGCACCGUGGCUGUCACUGAGUGAGCAUCCACUGGCUAUUAGGUAUUGACGUUCUUACUGACUAUUUUACAGAUUCAGAAACUGAAAUCUGGGGAGAGGAAAGCAAAUGACCCCCAAGCAGCCAAAUCUGCCUGGGGGACAUUUGGGCAUAGAGCCCAGGAGUCCUGACCAGCUGCCUUGCCUCCUGCAGAUCUCCAGGAAAGUCCUGCUGGUGGCACCACUUGGAGACGAGGCGCCCAGGGUGGUUCCUGAAAGUGGCUGAGCCCCACUUAUGAGCAAGAAGCUCACCAUGCUGACGGAAGACAUGAAGCUCUGGCAUGGCUUAGUGAUCGCAGUGGUAUCCGUCUUCCUGCAGGCCUGCCUCCUUGCAGCCACCAACUACCUGCUCAGCAGGCGCAUGGCCCACCAGAGUGAGCAGAUACUGAAAGGGACCAGGGUCCAGGCCCCCAAGCCCGAUUCUGCCCACUGUCACCCGCCUGCUGCCAAGGAGAUGGAGGCUCGGACAGAGAGAAACCCCCCUGUGGCUGAGCCCCGUUACCGGAAUGACAGCGACACAUCCUCAGACAGCUCGGACAGCUCCAGCAGCUCACCUCUCGCCCACCAGGCCACCAAGGAUGUGAAUUACACACAAGUGGUCUUUUCGACCCCUGCAGGACUGAAAAAUGAGUCUGCCCUGGACUAUGAGAACAUAAAGGAAGGCACAGAUUAUGUCAAUGUCAAUCCAAAAAGCCACAUGCCCAAUUUCUGGACUUUUGUGAAUCCUGCUGCUUCUGAGCCAGUGGAAUACACCCAAGUGGCCAUGUGAAUUCUAGAUUUUUUAAUGGGGUACAAUUCUCUAUGCAUUCUUACACUUAAUUUUUAGGGAAAUGCUUUUUAUCCCCCUUAAACAAGGGAUGGGCAAAAAAAAAAAAAAAAAAA